AGAGUUGUUUGCUGAUGACAAAUCCCGCCUGCAUUCUCCCAGUCCGAAAUCAAGGAAACACAAGUGUUAUGCAUUCGUCGUCACGGCAACGAUGUAUGGUGAAGAGGUCGCAAAUAAGAAAGCCUCUUGUCUUGGAGCAGUUCAAGAGUUCAUGGACUAUAUUCAUCGUUUCAAGCGUCCAAGACUUGUUGCAGAAUCAGGUUCAUUUGAUGUCCCUUUGAAAGGGUUUCCAUGUAAUUUUGUUAACUCAUUUGGCUAUGUCAAGAAACAUGGCUUAUCCCCUGAGGCACUUUAUCCGUGGGUGGGUCACCCAAGUUCUUCAAGAUAUGAACCUCCUAAUGGCGACUGGGAUGGUAUUGUGAAGGUGGGGGAAUAUGAAGUCAAAGAUCAUGAAAAGAUUCGGAUUAAAAACUUUGUAAGGCUGAAGACCCAUGAUGACGUUGAACGCAUGCUGCAUAAGCAACCAGUGGCUAGUUCUGUUUUAUUUACACCGGAAUUCAUAAGGUGUUGUAGUGAGGAUAUUUUGAAACCGGUACCUGUAUCGGUGUCGGAUGCACCAGUUCAUGACGUAACCGAGCCUUUGGCGGAAGUAGAUGUGGCGCGUCAUGCCAUAACCCUUGUUGGUUAUGGACAGGAGGGCGAAGACAAGUACUAUAUUUGUCAAAAUACAUACGGCCGCAGUUGGGGUUACAAGGGAUACUGCAAAAUCUCAAGAGAUUUACUUGGCCGUAUGUUCGUUCCAGAGGAAAAUGAGAGUCCUAGUUCAACUUCAAGGAAGAAAAGAAAAGAUUAGCAAAACUUGUGAAGGUUGAAAGCACUUCUAUGCUGAUGUUUUUAGCUCAUGUUGCAAAGAGAGUUGGUGAGAUUGAAGCUGAAGCGUCUGAUUAAAACUAAUGUCCCUUAUUUUGCUCGAUUGUUAUAUUAUGCACUAUAUAUUCUCGAAUUGUGUUAGGACAAAUUUCGGGGGUUGCUUGCAAAAUGCAAAGGGGAGACCUUGCUUCAAAUUAUCUUUUGUCUGCAAAACAUGCAGCUUCGCUUAAUAUGCUAUGUUAUCAGCCUUUCUAUAUCUAACUGAAAUCGUUAGUUGCAUAUUAGUUGUCUGCUUUAUGUAUUGUGAUACUUCUUUAUAUAUUGUGAUACUUCUAAGAGUCCAUUUGCUAUGGAAGA